AUGUUUUCUAUGCUUGUAGAGUUCUUCAAUUACCCCGAAUCAUCUCUUGCCACUCUAAACAGUACUACUUUGAAUUCCAGGAAUGGACUCAAGGCCUGGGGUAGCGCCUCUUGGCUAGCUAGUUGCUUGAUAGCUUUCUUUAGCAUUAGGGAGUUAGGACAACCAAAUUACUGCAAGAUGGGAACGAAAAGGCCUAGAAGUAUUAAUUUAGAAAAAGCGGAAACAAUCAAUGUUGGUGUUAUAAUUGAAGAUGGAGCCUUAAGGUUGGAGAAAAAGAUGAUUAGUUUGGAAGAAAAGGUGGAUGAUAUGGUUCGUCGCAUGGCCUAUAUGGAUUCGAAGAUAGAUAGGUUGUUUGAUUUGAUUAAUUCUCUUAUAGAGGCAAAACAUUCAAAAGAGGAUCCCGAAUCUCGUGAAAAAUCAGUGUUAAGUGAUUCAUCUGAAGAAGUUUCUUCCAAACGUAUGAGUUCGAAAAAUGACACAAAGAGUCCCUUGAAGAGUAAGGGUGUUGAAGAGGAUUUUAGUAAGGAAGAGAAGAAUGUUUUGAAGUACAUCUUCGAUGUAAACCACAGUCCCGAUGAAAAGAUCGUGGAGAUGUCAGGAGAAUUUGGAGAAAGAACACGGUUAACAGAACUACAGACUUCAAACUGGCUAAGUGCAGAAAUUUUAAAUCUAUACGCUUGUAUGCUGAGGUGGGAUAAUCGAAACGAUGCCUCUAAACUAUCAACGGAAAAUUGGUUUAUGCCAACCUAUGUCUCGCAAUACAUUACCGAAAGGAAAAAUGGUUGUGAUGCUGGUUGCAUAUGUCGUUAUUUCUUGCGUGAAGAUAAAUAUGGAGGGGAUAUUAAAAAAUGUGAAAAGAUCUUCAUUCCAAUCAAUCCUGGAGGUCAUUGGUACUUGUGUGUAGUCGACAUAAUCAGACAUGAGGUUCUGAUAUUGGACUCACUUAGGCCAAAAAAUUGUAGUGAACGUAUUUCAAGUGCCAAAGUUGUGCUCAAGUAUUUCCAUGAGGCUUUAGAGAUUGGAUGUGGUACAACUUAUAGUGUCAAUAUUUCUAAAUUUCCUACGAAAAUCGCUCAAUGGGCACCACAGCAAAAGAAUCUUUAUGAUUGUGGAUUAUUCACAAUAAGAUUCAGGCAACUAUAUGACGAGCUACGGGCCGGGAUGCAUUUCAGCAUUGAAAACUCACAUUUGGAGAGAAGGAAAAUGGCUGUUGAGAUAUUCUACCAUGAAGCAAAUGAAGCCAAGGAAGAGAUACUUAGAAAAAUAGCCCACUCUUCUCCUCUGCUGCAGCUUCUUAAUGUUCACCGGCAGCUCGGACUUCUACUCCUCCUUGUAGGUUAUAUUCAGAACAUGUUAUGUUUCAAAACAGAUUUAAUUGCUUCAGGUUAUACUGAUUUCAAAUGUGCCAGAUACCAUAAUCUCAAACUUUAG